AUGUCAUUGGAAUCCAUGAGAGAUAUGGUUCAGGGUAUACCUUUAAGACGUAAAAGAGCGGAGAAAUUCAGGCGACUAUCUACGCGACCAGCAGAUGAUGUCGCAAACGAAAAAUAUGCUAAUAGCAUCGCUUCAGUCGAUAAUAAUAAGCACGACGUUGUCGAAGAGGAUGUUAGACGCAUAUCUCUCAUAUUUCAAGUGCAAGAUGUAUUUCCCGAUUUUGGAGAAGGAUUCAUUGAUGCUUGUCUUGGUGCGUUCGGCGACGAUGUUGAGACGGUAAUUCAUCGAAUUUUAGAAGGUUCGUUGCCCGAAGAACUUGAUAAACUAGAUCGAUUAAUGCCACGACAGCCACGAGUAUCAUCGCCUUCCAUGCCCGAGAAAAGUCCACUUUCCAAUCGAAGGAAUAUCUUUGAGAAUGAUGAAUUUGACGUUAACAAAGGAAAGAAAGAUCGUGGCACUGCUGAAACAUUGUUGGACGAUAAGUCAUUUGUCGAUACAUAUAAGAAUGCCAUAAUUGAAGCAGCCUACAAUGAUUAUGAGGAUGAAUACGACGACACUUACGAUACUAGUGCAAUACAUGUACAAGGCGUUGAAUUACACAUGCUAGAUGACUUGGAUGAAGAAGGGCCCAAUGCGUUAGCCGAAUCGCAAUCCAAAGAAUAUGUCGAUCCUGCCGUUGUGCAUAGCGCUGAAUUGAUUAAGGCAUAUAAAGAGAAUAAAUCAGUCUUUGAGAGAACGUCUGCUGCUAGAAAGACAGGCAAGAGAAUGCAGUUAAAGAAGAUUACUCAGAUGACCGACGAACAAAUAGAGGGGUGGUUUACCAUGUUCCAGAGAAAUCCGAGAAGGGACAAACUACUUGACAAAUAUGAGUGGCACGGCGAACAGAGCGAAAUCUCUUCCGCCACUUCUGAUGAAGAAGGCUCAUCCACUUUUGCUGGCCCGAGUAUUAGGGGAAAUUAUAGAGGCAGAGACGUAAGAAGAGGCAAGUCACGAUCCGAUAGUCACCAGCAUCAGCGAAAAACGGUUGAAAAGGGAAAAUCUUCUCCUAGCGACUCUGGGACGGAUAAACAACAGACCCAGCCAGCAUCUCGUGGAUCUAGAGGAAACAAAAGCCGGUCAGGCCAUCAUGAUCGUAAGAAUGCACGUGCAAAAAAGAUGAGCAGAGCGUUUGGACCUACACAAGGAUAA